CUGCGCGGUGGGAUGGCAGCGGUGGGCAGGGCCCUGGGAAAUGACGCUGCUGCUGUGUGUGUUGUGAAACCCUAUCCAGCUUUAGCAGAGCCGGGAUUUCGCUAACAGCUGCGGGCAGAUUGCGCUGCCCGUUGAAAUUAACCAGAGCUGGUCAGCUGUUCCAGGCAGCAGCAGCAGCCGCGCAGGGGAGCCAGACAAAAAAACAAGCAACGCCCUUAGUCCAUUGCAACUCGGCUGCAGAGAUGGAUGUGGCCGUGGAUCUGUACCUGGCGGUGCCGCUGCUGUUCACAGUCCUGGCCGUGAUCCUGGCUUCGGUCUUUGUGAAGCUGAGAGCGACUGAAGGGGACAAAGCUGCCGAGACAGCCAAGGGGGCAGGGUCACAGGGCAAGGAGGCAACCGAGCAGGGGGAGGAAAGGAAGGAGGGCGAGGGGGAAGGGAAGGAGGGAGACGCGCUGAAGGAGGAGGGGAUCCCCAAGGGGGAGAAGGACGAGGAAGGAGCGAAGGACGAGGGGAGCAAGAUUCCGGUGGAGGAGAUUGAGGCUGAAGAGGGGAAGGCGAAGAGAGCUGGGGAGAAUGAAGAGCAGCAGCCCAAGGAGGAGGCGGUGGCAGCGGCAGCCAGGACUGCAAAAGCAGACAAGCAGAGUCAGCCUCAGGAGAUGAGCAUCCCCCGCCAGGCUGCUGAGGCGGUGGAGGAAGAAGAAGAGGAGGAGGAGGACGACGAUGACGACGAGAGCAAGGAGGAAGAUCAAGACUGGGAAAAAGAGAGACUGGUGGUGAAUGAACCAGAUCUGAAUGAUGCAGGUGAGAAGAUCUCCUUUAAAUACAGCCCCGGGAAGCUGAGGGGGAACCAGUAUAAGACAAUGAUGACCAAAGAAGAACUCGAGGAGGAACAAAGGGUUCAGAGAGAGCAGCUGACUGCCAUCUUCAGGCUCAUGAAGGAAAACAGUGAGACAUUUGGAGAGAUGUCUGAAGGAGACAUGAAGGAGCAGCUUAAACUUUAUGAUAUGUAGGCUCACAGCCACUACAGUCUGUGGCCUGCCUACUGCCUCAGCCCUUGUCAUUCAAGACACUGGAGACUGUAGUGCUAUAAAACUGUCACUAAAUGCAUAAUCAGUUUCAUAUUUUGGAUGGUUUGCAAAAAUGUAUAGGCCUCUGAAAUAUUUCAAAGACUUGUAAUUUCUAUCCCUUUUUACUGGUUUUCCUAAAGGAGCUAUUGCUGUAUUUUCAUCUCAUGCAGAGAUAUUUCAGCUUUUUCUGGCCAGGUAGUAAGAGCCAGACCAUGCAGCAUUGUGAAAUUUUUAACUGUAUUAUGACUAUGCUUUGUAAGUAAGCAUUUCUUCACUCUGAUCCUCCAUCAUCUUGGUGUCUAAAGGAAUCAGAAUAAAAUAAAACAGCAGCUGCUGCACACGUUAACAUGGAUAAAAUGGGAGGUUACCCUCUCAGGGUAUAUCUGCACUGCAGCUGAGAGUGUGCUUCCCAGUGUGCAUAGACAGACACACACUAGCCUGAGACAUGGUGGUACAGGAAGCAACUUGGGCUAGCCACACAAAUACAAUCAACUCCCUAUGUACAUACUUGGGCAGCUAGACUGAGCCACUGCCCAGGACAACAUAGCCACACUGCUAUUCUUGGUGCAUUAAUUCAAGCAGAGCUAGCAUGUAUCUGUCUUCCCACAGUGGAGAAUAUGCUCCCAAAUGCAACAUAUACACUUAGUCAGGAUCAUCCCUAUCGAUUAUUCAGACAGUAUGGGGCUGAUGUCAGAUGAUUCACCAAGUUUUUUGGCUAGAAACCAGUGAUUCUGAAGGAGAAUAAAGCUACCACGCACAGUAUGUGAAUAACUUCUGUAAGUGCAUUUUUGCAGUCACCCAGACCAAGUAUCUCCUUAUGGGUAUAUAUACUGCAUCUAUAAUCACUAUCGAAACCUACGUGGAACAGAAUGUUCAGUCAAAUUAUGUUUCAUGCAAAUAACUUUUCCAUUCCAGUUUGGGAAAUUUCAUUCCCUCUCCUACCCCAAUUUUGCUGCUCCAUAAGAGUGUGGGGCAACUGCUGUUUUUCUCAUCACAUAAUGCAGCAGCAGAAAAUGCCACUUCCAUUAGAAUUUUUGAGUGAAAGCAAGACAGUGGCCAUCUUUGAAAAUGAUCUUUGGUCAGAAGCAAGAGGAUGGGAAGCACAGUGAGAAACUGAUUUACAUCUACGUCACAGUCCUUUGUGAGAGAGAGCAGGUUUUAGAUUUAGUUAAGGUAGGUUGUAGUUGUAGGUGGAGGAUGAGUGUCAGGUGAGGUGAUGUAGCUAAUGGUGGAGGAGACAGGGAAGAAUGUCCAAAGUUUGGGAAUACUAUUCCUUGGAUGAAAAAUGGGCUUGUAAUGUAAUAUUCAGUGUGGAUCCCAGGCAUGGUCCUGGGCCCCAUGUAAGGAACAGAGCAUACUUCAAGAACACAUAUAAAAUGGGGUAUUCGGUCCUGCUGCUGGGUGCCCAGCCAUGCUCUGCCAAGAAAGGAGAGCCACCAACAUAGAUGCCAGCAGGCAAGAACACAUGUUGCAGAUUGUAAGGUCUUUGUGGAAGAAACUGUAUUUGUUCUGUGUUUGUGCAGCCCCUAGCACAAUGGGGCCUGGUCCAUGAUUCAAGCUCCUAGGUGCUAUCAUAAUACAAAUAAUAAUAAUAAUAAUUAAUAAAGGAGCAUCAGCAUCAAGAGGGGCUGAAUUAGACAUUUCUCUCACACUCUGGUUCCCAAUCCCAUUAUUUAUUAAAUAAGUAGCCAAAUCUAAUGCAUUGGUACUUGGAUUAGGAAUCUGUUUCAGUUUCUCGUAUCUUUUAUGGGCACGUCCCUUCCUCCUCCAAACACUACCCUUUCAAAACAGGUCAAGAUGGUUCCUGCUGAUCCUCCUGAGUGCAUAGGCUCUGCCCAUCAGUCAGCCUGAAUAAAUACCAUGUAACUUCAACUAGGUAACAAAAUUCACUGGUAAACACACUGCCAAAAGAUGCAUUGAAAUUAUUAAUAGGAAUUACCAUGCCCAAUUUGGAUUAAAUUUUCCUUGAUGCAAAAUGUUUGUGGGAAACUCCAUUUCAUAGAAGCUCUGUGAAUUCACAAAAAAGGGCAUGUUUCAAAUGUGUUUUAUUUCAUUAUAAGUAUUUUGAACAGCUCUGGCCAGACAUUGGCACUUUUAGUUUAUCAAGAAAAUUGUAGUGCAUUCCAUAUAUUUGGUAUGUACCAGUUUCUCUCUCAUUUUACAAAAUCUUCUAAAGCCCUUGACAUCAGGGGACAUUUCCUCGUUUAUGCCACUGUUGAUGUCACCCAACAUCCAUUUAACUUCUUCCAGCCCCAUUCUAAGGAAUAAUCGCUUUAAAAACAGAUUUCUUUAUACUAGCCCUUUAGGUUUGAGAAACCAUCUCACUAGCAGAACACUUCUUUCCCAUGUAUAUUCCAUAAUACAAUAACAUAUAACUUUUUAAAAACAUCUUCUUUCUAAUUUUUUUCACUUGGGUGGAGGACUUGCCUGCAGGCAUAUUUACUACAAGAUCAUGCUGGCUUAACCAUGAAAUCAUGGUUUAAUUUGACUUUCAUGUCUGAAAAUCCUGUAGUUUCAGGAUUAUUCAUCUGGCUUUUUUUUUGUUUUUUUCCUUUACAUUUGGGCUGCUUCUACACAGAUGGAGUUCUGAAAAUCUCCUAACUAUACACUAUCCCUGAUGACAGCAAUGGUAGAAGCACCAGCGUAGCCCAUCUGCUGGCAUUUUAACCCUUGUCCUGUCUAACCCUGUUUAGAGGUAGUUGACAUGGAUAGUUAAAAUUCCAGCAGUGGUUGUGUAAUGGUGAAAGAUUCUCAGAAAUUUGCCAGCGCUAACAAGGCCCAAAUUUAAAAAGAAAUGAAGCCAAUUAAUCUACGAUCUCCCUGAGCUACUCUAAGAGCAUAAUAGUUAAUAGGAUUGUGAGAUUAGAACCCUUUGCCGUUUUAAUGUUCAGUUUCUUAACGUGUGGGGAAAACAGUGUACUUUCUUAGAAAGCUUUAAUAAAGAUCAGCCUGUUAUACACCUA